AUGAGCAAUGAUAUUAUAGCAAAGUAUCAGAUAAGGCUUUUGAAUCAGAAGAUAUUAUUUUCUUCAGAAAACAACAUGUUAUUAGAUGGAAUUGCUCAAAUUGUGGAUUUACCAUCCAAUCCUAAAGAAUAUUCUCAAGAACAAUCUUUUCAAUCUGAUCUUGAUAAUGAUAUAGCAGCUGAUAAUCUACUAAGAACUGUAACUAUUCGUAACUUCAAUUCUCAAGUAAAGAAAAUAGUUCAGCAUGUCAUCAGUACUAUGAAA